AUGAACAGGACCACAACUCUCCUAACUGCUGGAAGUGUCCGCUCCUGUCUAUUCAAAUUAGGACUGCGCUCUUCACCUGCACUUGGCCUUUCUGCCUUUCGUGCUAUUCAAAGUGCUCGUUCUAGUAGUAGCAACUCAUUGAAUGUUGGAAAAGGUUCCAGUCUCAAGCGUCCUGAACAAGAUAUACUUCGACCCAUCCCGCAUCAAGAAUGGACCAACAGGUACAUUCCUACUCCAACUGCUGCAAAACUUGAGAUUGAUGAAAAGGAUCUCUUUCAGCAUCCACAGUACACUCCACCGCCCAAGGUGUCUACUUCUAUCGGACCACUUGUUGGACCUCUUCACAUGCCUGAAUUUGAUCAAUCCAAGCAGAUGUGGACAGAGACUGGUGUACGCAGUUGGGACUCGCUCGCCGAUUUCCGAUUUGAGAAUGCCAAGGACUCACUUAUUGGUGACUAUCCCCGCAUUGAACCUCAAUUCGCAUGGAUCCGUGAUCCCUAUUCCUACUGGGAUCAGCAAGGACGACGUAACUUUGGAGAGGUCUUGUACGAUAAUGACCAAUUUACAGAUGCAUGGGGCAUUGGUCCCGCUUCAGACUGGUGGCAACCUACUGUGACUGCUGCAGUUAUAUUUGGGUUUAUCGGUAUCUUGGUUUCGAUGGCUUACUUGUGGGAUACUGACAGCCAUUUGUGGUUUGCUGAAAAGGAUUAUCCAUUUAAUGGUCUGCGUAUUGAACUUGGAGGUGAUCCCGAGGAUGAGUCUGAUAACUGGAUGGCUGCUCAUGUUUACAAGGUUUAGUUGGAUCAAUAAAAAGCAAUGCAGUACUG